AUGACUGCCAAAAUAAAAGCGAUCGCGGUUAUACCGCUUACUCUCUCCAUUGUGGGAUUCGUUCUCUCCAUGCUCUGUCUCUUUGCUGGAUCAAAGACAAAUUACAUGGAGGAUUACUAUAUUGUCAACCUCAACACUUCAGGUCUCGGAAAUGAUCUCUUAGCAAAACUCAACCCAGCAAAUAUCACCUCGGCCAUCGACGCACCCUUCGUACCAGAAGAAUGCAACCAGACAAACCCAGCGAAGAAAAUUGCCUGCGAAGCAAGAAAUAAGGUCGCCGAGGCGACAUGGAACUCAGACGCUGGUCGAGCCGCAAGAGAGAAGGCUUCCGAGCUCAUCAACAGCGCUACAGCAGAAGCCAACGAACUUAUCGACAAAGCUGCUAAGAAACUCGGUAUCAGGGAGUUUUACAGCUUACAUCUGAUGAACAUGUGCGAGGGAUACUAUAAGCCCAACGCCUCCACACCAAAUGCCGGCACCAACGUUACAGAGUGCUCAAACCAAACCGCCAUGUACCACUUCGACAUCAUAAGUCCCAUCAACGAGGAGCUCGCCAAAGCCCCAGACGUCGGUCUCGGCAAACUCGACAUCAACAAACUCGGCAUUGCAGACGACCUCCAAGACGGUCUCAACGGUCUCUCCACGGCCUUGAACGUUACAUUCGUCCUGUACGCCAUGGGCAUCGCCGCCGCCGGUUGCUGCAUCCUUAUCUCCCUCGGCUGUUUCUUCCUCGAGAAGUCCAGCCUCGCAUUCCUAGAUCUCAUCCUCUCCACCCUCUCCUUCUUCACCCUCAUGCUCUCUUCCGCCAUCGUCACUACCGUCGGCAAGAAAGCCGCUCACAUCAUCAACAAAUUCGGUAACACAGCUGGCUUACACGCCGACAGAGGCGGGAAAUACCUCGCGCUCACGUGGUCCAGCGUUGCUGUCAUGGGCGUCGCGGCUAUCGUCUGCCUCCUCCAGUGGACUAUGACGAGGAAGCAGAGGAGAAACGGCGCGGGUGCAUCACCAAAGUACGUUGAUGAUAGGGGCACGCCUACGAUGAAGCAGAGAGGCAUGGAAUUUAUCAGAAUGAAGGCGUUUCAUGGAAGACGAUAA